GAAUAAACAAACAAACAAAAACAAAACAAAACGCCUUUCUGCUUGGUUUCUCUCUCUAUCUCUCUGCUCUGAGCUCUUUCCUUGUUUCUCUCCUUCUCUCCUCUGCGAAACACUGUCACUUUGCCAUUUUCUUUUCUUUGGGAAAGAAAACGCACGCGACAAUAGAGAAACAGAGAAACACAAGCACCAGGUGCUUGUUCAUUGGCUUCUGAGUAAAGGGUUGUUUGUGUUUGGACUCAGUUGAUGCUUCCUUGUAGACGCUGUACGCUCAAAAGGGGUUUCAGUUGUUAUUCUCUUUAACAAGGGUGGCUGAGUUGGUUGUUAAGUUUUUAUACGGAUUUUGGUAGCAAUACUAUACUAUAGAUAUGACUAGUAAUGAAAUGGAGCAUGCUAAAGAAGCGGGGAAAGAUGUGGAGGAAACAGUCAAUAUCAAUUUAAAUGAUGCUCUACUUGAAAGGGAAGCCAAGGGCCCUCCUUUGUCUCACUCUGGGGAUCAGGAAGCUCAAAACCUAGUUAAAAAUGGGGAACUGAGGGCAGAGGACAAGGAUGGUGUUACCAAAGAUGCAAUGGACAAAACAGUUGUUCAGGUAGAAGAACAAAUCCCAGGUGGAAAUGUUGCAGAUAUUGUUGGUGCCAAAAGUCCUGAGGCUUUUAAUGAUAACAAGGCUGGAAAUGCUACUAGUGAUAGUGAAGUCCAAGAAAAUGCAACUAGUGGUGGUAACAUCCAAGCCAAAGCCAAAGCCAAUGCCAAUGCCGAUGGAAUAAAUGGUGACCUUCUGAAUGUGAAAUUUGACUCUGUUGAUAGUGCUGAUAAUGGUGCCAACGAAAUUAACAAUAAUGCAGAUGUUAAAAAUGAGGAUAGUCAUAUCCAGCUCUUGAAUGAAAAGUCUUUGGAGACCAAAGCUGAAGGUUAUGAGAAAGUUGAUGAUCAUAAGAAUGUGGAGGCAGUGAAAGAUGUUGUGACCAAGAUGGAUUUGUCUCCAUCACAGACUACAAAGGAGAUGGCAAAACCCAGUUUGGAUGAGGAGCAUGGAGCCACCAUGAGCACUCCAAACAAAUCAUUCCUUGUAGAACCUACUUCAUCUGAGGGCUAUGAGUCAGGAACAGAAGAGGAGCAAGCUGCAUUUAUGAAGGAGGUUGAAACUUUUUAUAAAGAAAAUAACUUUGAAUUCAAGGCCCCCAAGUUCUACAAAGAAGAACUGAAUUUGCUCAAGUUAUGGAGAGCUGUGGUCAAACUGGGAGGAUAUGAACAGGUGACUUCAUGCAAAUUAUGGCGGCAAGUGGGAGAAUCAUUCAGACCCCCAAAGACCUGCACUACUGUCUCUUGGACAUUCCGAAUUUUCUAUGAGAAGGCAUUACUUGAGUAUGAAAGGCAUAAAAUGCAUUGUGGGGAGCUCCCUUUUUCUGAUGCUUCCUUGACAGAGCCCAUUAGAGUUGAAAAUCAGGCAGUAGGAAGUCAAGCUGCUGGGUCGGGUAGGGCAAUAAGGGAUGCUGCGGCUCGUGCCAUGCAGGGAUGGCACUCCCAACGUCUCCUUGGUAAUGGUCAGGUUUGUGAUCCAAUCAUCAAGGAUAAGAACUCAAAUUCUACUCCAAAGAGUGACAAGCAGCUAAAAUCCAAUGGUUUACUGAAGCGUAAAAAGCCAUCAACUGUUGAGCGUGCUGUCCAUGUUCCUCUGCUGAAAUUGGGGUUUUUCUUUGGCAGGGCAGAUACUAUGGUCAUUGACAUUGGACCUCCAGCUGAUUGGGUGAAGAUCAAUGUGCAAAGGACUAACGAUUGCUUUGAAAUAUAUGCUUUAGUUCCAGGGCUUUUGCGUGAGGAGGUGCACGUUCAGUCUGAUCCAGCUGGACGCUUGAUUAUAUCUGGUCAACCAGAACAAUUAGAUAAUCCUUGGGGUGUCACACCCUUUAAAAAGGUUGUGAGCUUACCUUCCAGAAUUGAUCCACAUCAGACAUCUGCUGUUGUUACCCUGCAUGGGCAGUUGUUUGUGCGUGUCCCUUUUGAGCAGUCAGAUAUUUAGAAUGCAGAGGAUGUUGUCAAUUAAAGGAAAGCGGGUUGUUACUCGCUCCCUGUCAGAAGAAACUAGUUUAGAGCAAAGACUAAUUUUGUAGUGCAAGUUGUUUAGUCAUUGCUCACAGUCGAAACCUGAGACCAGUGUAAAUGGGUAUAUUUGCAUCUUAGUCUUUUAAUUUCUGUAAUUAAUAGCAUUGAAAUUCAACUAUCUCUAAAUAUGUUUCUUUUAUUA